UAUAAAAAUAAUUAUUUUAAUGCUUCGCCAAUAUCCCAGUAUGUUGUGUUAUUCAUGUAGAUUAGUCUCGUUAAUUAAUUAUUCAUCGAUACAGACAGUACACACCCAUGCGUCUAAUUCAGGGCUAAAAAAUUGUAGCUACAGCAAAGGCUUCUCACUGUACUAUCAGCAGCUAAUGGAGAACGGACUGACUGAACCUGAUCUAGGCUUUACAAAAGACCCUCUGCCUGCUGCCAAUGCCAUAAUAUUACAGAAUCUUGGAGCAGCAGACGGCCAGACUGCUAAAGAUGAUUCGAAAACAGAGGAAGAAGGAGCCACCACAGAUGACGAGGAGGUGCCUGCUGAGCUAAAGAAGACUUACUACUUUGGCUGCGGCCCCUACUACUCAAAACGACUCCACUGGAUAAUGGCUAGAAAGAAAAUGUUCACUUUUUUAUUGUGUUGCUAUGCUUUUCUCCAAGGUGCAAUAGUUAGUGGUUUCACAUCUGUUGUCUUGUCUACAAUUCAAAACAGAUACAAUUUCAGCAGUGUUGCAGCUGGUUUUGUAGCCAUAUCUUACGAUAUAACUCUUACUGUUUCUGUCAUAUUUGUGAGUUAUUUUGGAGGUAAAAGUCACAAGCCGAGGUGGAUUGGAAUCAGCACUUUAUUGAUGAGUUUUGGUUGCUUCAUAUUUGCACUCCCUCAGUUUCUGUUUGGUGAAUAUGGCAGAGGCUCCCUGAGUAGUCUUUAUGAAGGUUGUAUGGAUAACAGGAGUUUCAUUGAGGACUGCUCACCAUCUGAUGCUGGGGCAUAUACUAUGUUUGUCAUUGGUAAUAUAUUCAUUGCUGUGGGAGCUGCUCCCAUAUUUACAGUAGCUCAAGCAUACCUUGAUGAGAUUGUACUCCCCAAGUAUCUCUCGAUACACAUUGGAGUGUACCUUGCAACAGCUGCAAUAGGACCUGCUUUUGGAUACCUAGUUGGUAGCAGCCUGUUAUCAGUGUAUGUGGACCCGUGGGUUGAGACUACACUUGGUCCCGAGGACCCAGCUUGGGUAGGUGCUUGGUGGCUGUCUUUCAUUCUAGCUGGUAUCAUGUGCAUAUUUCUUGCUGUACCAUUCUUAAUGUUCCCCCGAUAUCUACCAGACAGUGCUGUAGUUAGGAAGGAGAGAGCUAAAGAAAUGGCAAAGAUAUAUUCAAAGAAAUUUGCAAAUGAGGACACACUGACUGUUACAGUCAAGAUGUUCCCUAUACAUAUAAAAAGACUACUCCUCAAUCCUUCUUUCAUGCUUUCUGCAUUUGGUUUAGCUGCUUUCUUUAUUCUUGUCAGUGGCUUGAUUGCUUUUGCUCCAAAAUACUUUGAGGAACAGUUUAGACUAACAGCUACAUCAGCAGGAUUGCUUUCAGGAGGAGUGGCUAUUGCUAGUGCAACUAUUGCAACAUUAGUUGGAGCUUUUAUCUUAUACCUUACUAAAAUGAAGGGAAAGACAGUGAUAUUGUUUUGUUCUAUUCUCAUUGGUCUGUCAGUAUUGUUCAGUCCUGGCUUCCUCCUCCACUGCUCUCAGCCUGAUAUUGUUGGAAUAACCUACGGAAGAGAUGGUAUUGAUACUGAGGUAUGUGCUCAAGAGUGUGAUUGUAUCUCAACAUCAUUUGAACCAGUUUGUGGUGAAGAUGGACUCACUUACUUCUCUCCUUGCAGGGCUGGUUGUACCACUACCUUUAAUGAUGGAGUAUAUUCAUUUGGUAAUUGUUCGUGUGUUUUGGUUAAUUCAACAGUUGGUUCUGUUACUGAUGGAUUCUGUGAGACCAGCUGCAGUGCUCUCGUUCCGUUCAUACUUCUCCUCAUUGUUGUUUUAUUUCUUAUCUUCAUUACAAGAAUACCUUUUACUUACUUCAUUAUGAGGGUUGUAGCUGAUGAUCAAAGGUCCCUAGCGCUGGGUCUUCAGUCAGUAAUUUGGCGUUUGUUUGGUACAAUUCCUGGUCCUCUAAUAUUUGGUGCUUUGUUUGAUGUUGCUUGUCUUCAAUGGCAGGAUCCCUGUGAAGGUGACAGAGGAAAUUGUUGGAUUCAUAAUGGAAGGGCUCUUGGUAUCUACUCCCUCUCCUUUGGUAUACCAUGUUUAAUAAUAGCUACUGUAUUAUUCUUUUUAUCAUGGCUGACGUAUCCAAAGGAUAAGAUUAAAAAAGUUGACAGUAAAAGCACCACUCCAUCGAGUACAGUGUCAAGCACUCCUUCCAAUAAGAAAAAGGAGAGCAUUGUUGCACUCAUUAAAGAUUAAUUUGAUUAGUAGUUUGUGUAAAAUUCAUUGCUAUAUUUUUAUUUAACUAAUAAUAAUUAUUAUUGUGCAUUUAUUUUAUGAUUACUAUUGACAUUCUUCUCUGUUUUUUUAGUACAUUAAUUUUAAUCAUUGUAGGUGUGGUUCAUCAUAUACCUAUAUUUAACCCUUUGUUUCCUAAUUAAA